AUAUUAAUAUAAUUGAAUAUUAUUUAAAAUUUAAUCUUAUGUUUUAGAUGCUUGAAAUUGUACGACCAAUAAUAAAACUUUUAAAAAUUGAACAUACAGCAUUAGAAAAUUUUGAAGCAUUAAUGGCUUGA